UUUAGAUCUCUUACUCUGCUGUUAGGCGCGCCCAUUUCAGAUUACUAAACUCGAAUUAAGAGGGAAAAAAAAAUCAGGGAGGAGGUGGCAAGCCACACCCCACGGUGCCCGCGAAUUUCCCCGGCAGCGGACUGUAGCCCCUGCAGACGCCGUCGAGAUGCAGGGCCCGCCGCUCCUGACCGCCGCCCACCUCCUCUGCGUGUGCACCGCCGCGCUGGCCGCGGCCCGCGGGCCCCGGUUUCUGGUGACAACCCCAGGGAUCAUCAGGCCCGGAGGAAAUGUGACUAUUGGGGUGGAGCUUCUGGAACACUGCCCCUCACAGGUCACUGUGAAGGCGGAGCUGCUCAAGACAGCAUCAAACCUCACUGUCUCUGUCCUGGAAGCAGAAGGAGUCUUUGAAAAAGGCUCUUUUAAGACUCUGACUCUUCCAUCACUCCCUCUGAACAGUGCAGAUGAGAUUUAUGAGCUACGUGUAACCGGACGUACCCAGGAUGAGAUUUUAUUCUCUAAUAGUACACGCUUAUCAUUUGAGACCAAGAGAAUAUCUGUCUUCAUUCAAACAGACAAGGCCUUAUACAAGCCAAAGCAAGAAGUGAAGUUUCGCAUUGUUACACUCUUCUCAGAUUUCAAGCCUUACAAAACCUCUUUAAACAUUCUCAUUAAGGACCCCAAAUCAAAUUUGAUCCAACAGUGGCUGUCACAACAAAGUGAUCUUGGAGUCAUUUCCAAAACUUUUCAGCUAUCUUCCCAUCCAAUACUUGGCGACUGGUCUAUUCAAGUUCAAGUGAAUGACCAGACAUAUUAUCAAUCAUUUCAGGUUUCAGAAUAUGUAUUACCAAAAUUUGAAGUGACAUUGCAGACACCAUUAUACUGUUCUAUGAAUUCUAAGCAUUUAAACGGUACCAUCGUAGCAAAGUAUACAUAUGGGAAGCCAGUGAAAGGAGACGUAACACUUACAUUUUUACCUUUAUCCUUUUGGGGAAAGAAGAAAAAUAUUACAAAAACAUUUAAGAUAAAUGGAUCUGUAAACUUCUCUUUUAAUGAUGAAGAGAUGAAAAAUAUAAUGGAUUCUUCAAAUGGACUUUCUGAACACCUGGAUCUAGCUGCCCCUGGACCGGUAGAAAUUUUAGCCACAGUGACAGAAUCACUUACAGGUAUUGCAAGAAAUGCAAGCACUAAUGUGUUCUUCAAGCAACAUGAUUACAUCAUUGAAUUUUUUGAUUAUACUACAGUCUUGAAGCCAUCUCUCAACUUCACAGCCACUGUGAAGGUAACCCGUGCUGAUGGCAACCAGCUGACUCUUGAAGAAAGAAGAAAUAAUGUGGUCAUAGCAGUGACACAGGGAAACUAUACUGAGUACUGGAGCGGAUCUAACAGUGGAAAUCAGAAAAUGGAAACUGUUCAGAAAAUAAAUUAUACUGUCCCCCAAAAUGGAACUUUUAAGAUUGAAUUCCCAAUCCUGGAGGAUUCCAGUGAGCUACAGUUGAAGGCCUAUUUUCUUGGUAGUAAAAGUAGCAUAGCAGUUCAUAGUAUGUUUAAGUCUCCUAGUAAGACAUACAUCCAACUAAAAACAAGAGAUGAAAAUAUAAAGGUGGGAUCGCCUUUUGAGUUGGUGGUUAGUGGCAACAAACAAUUGAAGGAGUUAAGCUAUAUGGUAGUAUCCAGGGGACAGUUGGUGGCUGUAGGAAAACAAAAUUCAACAAUCUUCUCUUUAACACCAGAAAAUUCUUGGACUCCAAAAGCCUGUGUAAUAGUGUAUUAUAUUGAAGAUGAUGGGGAAAUUAUAAAUGAUGUUCUAAAAAUUCCUGUUCAGCUUGUUUUUAAAAAUAAGAUAAAGCUAUAUUGGAGUAAAGUGAAAGCUGAGCCAUCUGAGAAAGUCUCGCUUAGGAUGUCUGUGACACAGCCCGACUCCAUAGUUGGGAUUGUAGCUGUUGACAAAAGUGUGAAUCUGAUGUAUGCCUCUAAUGAUAUUACAAUGGAAAAUGUGGUCCAUGAGUUGGAACUUUAUAACACAGGAUAUUAUUUAGGCAUGUUCAUGAAUUCUUUUGCAGUCUUUCAGGAGUGUGGACUCUGGGUAUUGACAGAUGCAAACCUCACGAAGGAUUAUAUUGAUGGUGUUUAUGACAAUGCAGAAUAUGCUGAGAGGUUUAUGGAGGAAAAUGAAGGACAUGUUGAUAUUCAAGACUUUUCUUUGGGUAGCAGUCCACAUGUCCGAAAGCAUUUUCCGGAGACUUGGAUUUGGCUAGACACCAACAUGGGUUCUAGGAUUUACCAAGAAUUUGAAGUAACUGUACCUGAUUCUAUCACUUCUUGGGUGGCUACUGGUUUUGUGAUCUCUGAGGACCUGGGUCUUGGACUAACAAAGACUCCAGUGGAGCUGCAAGCCUUCCAACCAUUUUUCAUUUUUUUGAAUCUUCCCUACUCUGUUAUCAGAGGUGAAGAAUUUGCUUUGGAAAUAACUAUAUUCAAUUAUUUGAAAGAUGCCACUGAGGUUAAGGUAAUCAUUGAGAAAAGUGACAAAUUUGAUAUUCUAAUGACUUCAAGUGAAAUCAAUGCCACAGGCCACCAGCAGACCAUUCUAGUUCCCAGUGAGGAUGGGGCAACUGUUCUUUUUCCCAUCAGGCCAACACAUCUGGGAGAAAUUCCUAUCACAGUCACAGCUCUUUCACCCACUGCUUCUGAUGCUAUCACCCAGAUGAUUUUAGUAAAGGCUGAAGGAAUAGAAAAAUCAUAUUCACAGUCCAUCUUAUUAGAUUUGACUGACAAUAGGCUACAGAGUACCCUGAAAACUUUGAGUUUUUCAUUUCCUCCUAAUACAGUGACUGGCAGUGAAAGAGUUCAGAUCACUGCAAUUGGAGAUGUUCUCGGUCCUUCCAUCAAUGGCUUAGCCUCAUUGAUUCGGAUGCCUUAUGGCUGUGGUGAACAGAACAUGAUACAUUUUGCUCCAAAUAUUUACAUUUUGGAUUAUCUGACUAAAAAGAAACAACUGACAGAUAAUUUGAAAGAAAAAGCGCUUUCAUUUAUGAGGCAAGGUUACCAGAGGGAACUUCUCUAUCAGAGGGAAGACGGCUCUUUCAGUGCUUUUGGGAAUUAUGACGCUUCUGGGAGCACUUGGUUGUCAGCUUUUGUUUUAAGAUGUUUCCUUGAAGCCGAUCCUUACAUAGAUAUUGAUCAGAAUGUGUUACACAGAACAUACACUUGGCUUAAAGAACGUCAGAAAUCCAACGGUGAAUUUUGGGAGCCAGGAAGAGUGAUUCAUAGUGAGCUUCAAGGUGGCAAUAAAAGUCCAGUAACACUUACAGCCUAUAUUGUAACUUCUCUCCUGGGAUAUAGAAAGUAUCAGCCUAACAUUGAUGUGCAAGAGUCUAUCCAUUUUUUGGAGUCUGAAUUCAGCAGAGGAAUUUCAGACAAUUAUACUCUAGCUCUUAUAGCUUAUGCAUUGUCAUCAGUGGGGAGUCCGAAAGCGAAGGAAGCUUUGAAUAUGCUGACUUCGAGAGCAGAACAAGAAGGAGGCAUGCAAUUCUGGGUGUCAUCAGAGUCCAAACUUUCUGAUUCCUGGCAGCCACGGUCCCUGGAUAUUGAAGUGGCAGCCUAUGCACUGCUCUCACACUUCCUACAAUUUCAGGCUUCUGAGGGAAUCCCAAUUAUGAGGUGGCUAAGCAGGCAAAGAAAUAGCUUGGGUGGUUUUGCAUCUACUCAGGAUACCAUUGUGGCUUUAAAAGCUCUGUCUGAAUUUGCAGCCCUAAUGAUUACAGAAAGGACAAAUAUCCAAGUGACUGUGACGGGGCCUAGCGCACCAAGUCCUAUAAAGUUUCUGAUUGACACACACAACCGCUUGCUCCUUCAGACAGCAGAGCUUGCUGUGGUACAGCCAACUGCAGUUAAUAUUUCCGCAACUGGUUUUGGAUUUGCUAUUUGUCAGCUCAAUGUUGUAUAUAAUGUGAAGGAUUCUGGGUCUUCUAGAAGACGAAGAUCUAUCCAAAAUCAAGAAGCCUUUGAUUUAGAUGUUGCUGUAAAAGAAAAUAAAGAUGAUCUCAAUCAUGUGGAUUUGAAUGUGUGUACAAGGUUUUUGGGCCCAGCUAGGAGUGGCAUGGCUCUUAUGGAAGUUAAUCUACUAAGUGGCUUUAUGGUGCCUUCAGACACAAUUCCUCUGAGCGAGACAGUGAAGAAAGUGGAAUAUGAUCAUGGAAAACUCAACCUCUAUUUAGAUUCUGUAAAUGAAACCCAGUUUUGUGUUGAUAUUCCUGCUGUGAGAAACUUUAAAGUUUCAAAUACCCAAGAUGCUUCAGUGUCCAUAGUGGAUUACUAUGAGCCAAGGAGACAGGCGGUGAGAAGUUACAACUCUGAAGCGAAGCUGUCCUCCUGUGACCUUUGCAGCGACGUCCAGGGCUGCCAUCCUUGUGAGGAUGGAGCUGUAGGCUCCCAUCAUCACCCUUCAGUCAUUUUUAUUUUCUGUUUCACGCUUCUGUACUUUUUGGAACUUUGGCUGUGAUUUAUUUUUAAAGGACUCUGUGUAACACUAACAUUUCCAGUAGUCACAUGUGAUUGUUUUGUUUUCAUAGUGGAAUACUGCUUCUAUUUUGAAAACAGUUUUUUUUUCUUUCUAUGGGGUUAUGGGGGUGGUGUACAACAGGUCCUAGUAUGUAUAGCUGCAUAGAUUUCUUCACCUGAUCUUUGUGUGGAAGAUCAAAAUGAAUGCAGUUGUGUGUCUAUAUUUUCUCCUUUCAAAAUCUUCUAGAAUUUUUUUGGAGGUGUUUGUUUUCUCCAGAAUAAAGGUGUUAUUUUAGAAUAGGCAUUCUCCUCAUUUUGUGAAAGAAAUGAACGUAGAUUCUUAAGCAUUAUUACACAUCCAUGUUUGCUUAAAGAUGGAUGUCCCCAGGAAUGGGAGAAAACAGCUAGCAGGAGGAGCUUCAUCUGUUCCCUUCCCACCUCCAACCUAACCCUACUGCCGACCCCACCCCAACCCACCCCAUGCCCAGUGGUCUCAGUAGAUAUUUCUUAACUGGAAAUUCUUUCUUUGUAGAAUCUACAUGGUGAAUUUUUUUUUUUAAGUGGCACGGUCUUUUUCUGCUCGAAACCUGAUCACACACCCCAGCCAUUUCCCUCCCUCUCUUUCUCUUCUAUAGAGAAAUGUGAGGGGCAGUACAUUUCCCUGUGCUUUGCACACCAUCUCAGAGGUUGAGGAGCAUACUGAAAACUGCCCUGGGGGUUGCUGGGUGUGCUGUGUCCUUCCCACAUCCUCAGCCCCACACCAGCUCUAUUUCAGGGGUGAGAGUCAGAGAGCACAGAAAUAUGUGCCUCAUGGGACUUCGAUUAGAAGAUCCUAGACCAGGAGACACUGUGAGCCAGGAGUACAGCAAAAUACUAGAUAAGUCACUGCAGACCAACCUCCCCGCAGUUUGGGAAAGAAGCUGGGUUUGUGGAGAAUCAGAGCAUCUUGACAUGAUUGCUGACCUACAGAUCCCUGGCAUUGGCCCGGGAUCCUGUGUCAACUGUUCUAGGCUCAGGGGUGUGAGCAUCAGACUGCCAGUUGUCUAGUGACAUCUCAUGCUGGCUGUGAACUUUUAAGAUCCCCGAAUCCUGAGCACCUCAAUCUUUAGUUGCCCUGUAUUCUGAAGGGUAAUAUAAUUUAUCUGGAUGGACAUUUUAAAGAUGAAUCCCCCUUUUUUCUUUUCCUCAUUAUCUCUUUCUUUUCUUUCCUUCUCCCUUUCUUCUUUGCCUUCUAAAUAUACUGAAAUAAUUUAGAUAUGUGUCAACAAUUAAUGAUAUUUUACUCAAUCUAAGAAAUGG